UUGUAUAUACAGAAAUUUCAAUCCUCUGCUAAUGAAGUCGUCUUGCGCAUUGCUGUUGCCAGAGCUGCAGUUGCUCGCGGUGAAAUUCCAGAAGCGCUCAGGGCGAUAGCUUCAAUACCAAUGGGAGCCAAAUUAAACCAGAUCUCCAACAACAAACUUGUGUUGGAAGUUUUAUAUGAUAUGCUCGAUGCCGGAGAAAUGGAUGCGAUCGAAAAGUUGCUGCCUUAUCUGGUAAUGACAGAAGAAGGGACAUCUUUAAGUGAAUGGCAUGCGAAUCCAUCGGUUUUGGCUCGAUCACGCCGCGCAUGCGCUGAAGGGAAAUUGGAUGUCGCUCUUAAACUCUACGGGUUGCUUCAUCCGAAAUUCAAAAAUAGUUAUUUCGAAGCAGCGCUGCUUGAUUCAUUAGGUGAUCGAUUGAGAAACAACAGUUUUGCUUUGGAUGAUAUCUUUGCUCUGGGAAAGUUGAUGGAAACAAUGGGAUUAACGAAUGGUGCUGUGCGUUCGAUAAAUCUAAGCCGUAUCCAAAAGCAAGUUUCUGGGCUUUUGUUAAAUAGCGAGAAGAAAGAUGUUGAAGCUGAUGAGCGCCAACUGACUUUGGCAGCGCGACUUAUCUCUCUAAAUUUCCCAGGUGAGAGCUCAAAAGGAAAAUCUACUUUUGCUUCAAAGUACAUCGUUCUACAACUGCAGUCUGAGCUUCUUACUUUCGAACGUGCUCGAAAAAUGCUCAAAGUCAUGGAAAAGGAGGCGAGUUUACAAAUGUUACUGAAUUUUUUCUGUACUUCUCCAUGA